AACAAGAAAUCGUUCUAAAAAAAAUAAAAAAGUUCCAGAGAGCAGAGGCAGAGCAAGUGGUGAAGUUUAAAAAAGAAAAACCAGCCCUAACUUCUUCAAUCUCGUCGUUGCGCGAAGCGAAACCCAUCACUAUCUGCUUGCCGCUCAACCCUCUCUCUCUUCCUCACUUCAGGAGUGGAAAUUAGUUAACUUUGUCAUAAGAUGGCGACAAGACCAGACCCGGAUAUUGAUGAUGACUUCAGUGAGCUUUACAAGGAGUACACUGGGCCUCUGGGAUCGGCUACCAACAAUGUGCAGGAUAAGGGGAAGACGAACAAAAGGUCUCAGGCGGGUUCUGACGAGGAAGAGGAACAACGGGAUCCGAAUGCUGUUCCAACUGAUUUCACAAGCCGAGAAGCUAAGGUAUGGGAGGCUAAGUCAAAAGCUACCGAGAGGAUUUGGAAGAAACGGAAAGAAGAAGAAAUGAUUUGCAAAAUUUGUGGAGAGUCUGGUCACUUUACUCAGGGGUGUCCCUCUACUCUUGGAGCAAAUCGCAAGUCUCAAGAUUUCUUUGAAAGGGUACCUGCUAGAGAAAAGCAUGUAAAGGCACUUUUUUCAGAAAAAGUUAUUCAAAAAAUUGAAAAGGAUAUUGGCUGCAAAAUCAAGAUGGAGGAGAAAUUUAUUAUUGUCAGUGGCAAGGAUAGGUUAAUUUUGACAAAAGGUGUGGAUGCUGUGCACAAAGUGAUUAACGAUGAAGGUGAUCAAAGGGGAUCUUCUAGUUCCCACAUGGCAAGAUCUAGGUCACCUGAGCGAAGCCCUGUUGAUGCACGAAUGCGACGCUCUGAAUCCCAAAGGUCUUAUUCUGGUCCCCAGAAUGCAUCACAGUUCCAACAGAGGUUUGGCAGGCAGGAGAAGGCUGUGGAAGACCGUAUUCGUGAUGAUCUGCAGAAAUUCUCAAGGGGUUCUCCACAAGCUUAUGGUAAUAAUGGAGCUAGAGGUCGUUCAAGCAAUUCAAAAUCUCCAGCACAUCCUCCUUACACAGGCAAGUCAUAUAAUUCAUAUGAUGGUAAUAAUCAGAGCAUGGGUGCUUAUAGAACUGAUGGAUGGGAUAAUGAGAGAAGAGGAUCUGAUAUGCAAUCUGGACGUCAGUUUGAUUACCCUGCUGUCCCCCAGACAUUAGAAGAAUUAGAGAUGGAGUAUAAGAGGGAUGCAAUGGAACUUGGAAGAAUUCGUGACAAGGAAGAAGAUGAAGAAAAUUACAGGCAUCGUGAGGCUAUUAGGGAGAUGAGAGAGAACUACAUGAAGCAACUGGCUAGUCUGAGGGGAACACAUGCAAAACAGUGGGAGGAGUUUCUCCAACUUGAUGCCCAAAGACGUCAACAGCAGCCACGCCAACCAAUGCCCACUUCUGGUUUUGGAGGAUAUAAACAGCAUGGUUAUUCUGACUAUGAUGGUACCUCGGCCAACCCUCAUUAUGCUGGGGCCAAUUUAGCCAUGGAUUCAAGAAGCCGAUACCCAAACCCAAUGGAAAAUUAUUCUUCAAGGCCUAAUGAAAAUUUCAGUGACUUUCAGCGUCAGAGGCGUGAAGAUUAUGGGAAAGCCUACAAUCGAUACUAAAUCAUUAUACUGGACUAAAGGGUGGGUCCAGAUCUUGGUCGGGUAGGCGUAAUGCAGAGGAGGCCAAUAUCUAGGUAAGUAUGGUUGUAACGGUUUUAAACUUGAGAAGUGAUGAAUCGUACACACUUGUGUUGGUAAUGCCUAUUUCUUUUCAAUUUGGUGAUUCAGUUCUUUUCAGAACUUUGUUGUAAAGAAGUGGGAUAUGGUUUUGGUUUAUUGGUUAAGGCUGGUUAUUUAGAAUCUAAUGACUCCUGAUUGGUUGAAAUUUUGCCUUCAGUAAUGAAUAGUACUUUGCCA